CAAUCUCUGAUCACGGAGGACAGUUAGCGAUUGGGUAUCACGGACCCACGGAUAUCUGCGUGAAACGAUUAAUAAAAUACUUGCCCUAAUCUGUCAACUGUUUUUUUACGACAAUAACUAACUAAAUCACGGUAUACUAUUUUUUUCCUAAAUCCGUCGGUCGAUCCAAAGCUUCCGCUCUGAUUCACUCCGAAAAUACGUGAUAAUUCGAAGAAAAUAAAAAUGAAUAUAAACAGCCCAAAAAAUGGUAUGUUCUGGCGUGUACUAAUUAAAUUUUUACAUUACUUUUAAACCCCGUUUGAUCUGGAAUUAUUCUUUCUAGUUCAGUUUCCGAUUAUUUUAAUGUAUUCCUCGUGCUUCGUAUUUUUUAAAAUAUUAUUUUAUUCGCGAGUAUAUAAAUGAGAGGAGGGAGGAUUUUUCUGGUGUUCGUAGACAACAUCUAGGGUUCGAUCGAAAUUAUACAUACAUGUUUUGGCAGGUAGACCAUAUUCGUGUAAAAUGCGCAAUUAGAAAUACCCGCGUUUCUUUGAAUUAGCACAAUAUUUGUUUUGGUGCUGUGCAAAAUAUGGAGUGAAGUGGUGUUGUUUUUCAAUUCUCAAGUCGUCUCUUGUACCGACUUGUCGCGAGGAGAAAAAUGUAUGGACGUAAAGCCGUUUUGACAGCUGGUCACGAAUCAUCAUGGUGCCUAUUUGGGAGAAUGUUCUGCACCAACUCAGACUAAUGUUGCUGCGAAUAUCAUGCAACAAUAUAGAAAAUUGAGGCUCUGAAGCCCAGCUGAAAAUAAAAAACGAUACAACAGAACGACACAGCGAUUCUGUUAUUCGAGUAAACGUGAACUAAAGAAGCUCACUUCAAGAUGUUUGAAUCACCAAAAAGCUUGCAGGAAGCCUGCGUAGUUUUUAUUUGCGACAAUGUUCUUGCGCUGUGCGAGGUACAUCCUGGUGACAAUGGUGGAUCUUCGUCCUUAGGAGCUUCGUCCGACAAUGCCAUUAGUGUUGAAGAACGGGUGGUGUGUGAAUAUGCUAAUUCACCAGCAAGCCCAUCACGUUUACUGGGCUUCCAAAAAGACUCAUUGCUGGAUCAAGUUGCUGCAAAACUACAAGUGACAAUUAAUUCGCCAGGAGCGAAUGGACCGAGUGGUUCAGCUACUAGGCUCAGUUUCAAGGAUCCCGAUGUUUUUCUGCCUGCUCAGAUCUCCGAACAGCUUUUGGCCAGCCUCUGCGAGAAGAAGGCCCUUUCUGAUCUCACUAUAACGCUAUUCGACUCCAAAACGACACGAUUAAAACAUGUGAGGCUCAAAGAUGCCUCGAAUCUCUCGAUGAAAGGACUUCAAGUACUGAAACAACACAAAGUCGUCGAUCUCGAAGUGAACGGUCUCAAGAUUACCAUAAACGAUCUGAUAGCGUGUCUCGGAGAAUGGAGUUUGCGGAAUCUCCGAUCGCUUAACGUGGCAAAUGGCAGUUUCACCGAUUGUUCAAGACUUCGAGCUCUUCAUACACUGAACGUAUCUGGCACGGAAUUCAAUCGACAUGGUCUGGAGAUCGUCGUUGAAGAUUUACCGGAGUUGGAGAGUUUGGAUAUUUCUUGCACUCGCGUGGAUGAUAUAACACCGUUAAUGAAAUGCAAAGAUCGUUUGAAAACCUUGGCAAUGUACAAUCUCAAGAUAAGCGGCUGUGACAACUUGAAAUCUGUUCUCGUCGAGCUCAACGAGCUUCGAACUCUCGAUAUCUCCGACGAAAAAGAUUCGUACAACUUUGAAAUGUUUGCUCCAGUUAGAUCGAAGAUUACGGAUUUACUGAAAACGACCGAUUGCAUGCCACAUUUGACGAGUCUUGACAUUUCAGGCAAAGACGACAUAGAUGCACCAGAUUUGAAAAAAUUCAUAAAAGCUCAUCCCCACCUGGAGUUUCUCGGUCUGGUGCAUUCCGACGCAUGUUACGAUGACAGUCUCGUCAAUUCAGCGAAUAAAGAUUACAAGCCUGAUUUAGUGGUGAGCGGGCUAGCAUCGGACAGUCAAAUUCUCGAGGCGCUCAGAAGAUACUCUUGCCGUCCGGUUUACGUGCAAAAGUGCCUGUACAAUUUAUUCCGUCUAACCCCACACUUCAGCGAAGCGAGAGUUGACGUUAUCAAACUUGUGUUACCGGGUAUGAGAGCACAUCCUCAGGAAUUCCGAGUCCAAAUGGCCGCCACCGCUUGUCUCUACAACCUCACGAAAGGCGAACUUGCCUCGAAGAUUCAUCCAUCGGUUCUCAAACAAAUCGUUGAUCUGACUCUCACCGCUAUGGAAUCUUAUCCGAACCAUUAUCAGCUACAAAAGAAUACUCUGCUAACGUUGUGUAGUGACCGAAUAUUACAGGACGUUACUUUCGAUAAAUAUAGAUGCGCAAAAUUAGUGAUGAACUGUCUAUCAGCGUUUGACGACCCAUCAAUGAACCGGAUGUCCGUGGCCAUAUGCUCGAUUCUGGCAGCAAAAAUUUCAACGGUUGAGACUUCGAUGCUUGGAGCGAAGCCGCAAUACAUGGCAAAACUGUUGUCCAUGGUACGAUCGAAGUUGCAAGCUAAAUCCGUCGACGUCACGAUGAAAUUUACCCUCAGCGCUCUUUGGAAUCUGACCGAUGAGAGCGCAACGACCUGCAAGGUUUUCCUUGAAGAAGGAGGGAUGGAACUUUUCCUUGAGGUACUUGAGAGCUUUCGUGGGGAAUCGAGCAUCGAGACUAAAGUACUCGGAUUGCUCAACAACAUCGCUGAGGUUGGUCAAUUGAGGCAACGAUUAAUGCAGCCUGGUUUCAUAACGAUGCUUUCGUUACUAUUGGAUUCGGAGCACAUCGACGUAUCUUACUUUGCGGCUGGGAUAGCUGCUCAUCUUUUGAGCGAUGGACCGCGUGCCUGGACCAUUGGGCCUGCCGUGACGAGAGCCCAGCUUCUCGAACAAUUGGCAAAAGCCGCGUCCAACUGGCAAACGCCUAACGGUGAAAUGGUCGCGUAUCGAAGUUUUCAACCGUUUUUCCCAUUGUUAAGAUGUACCGAGGCUUAUCCAGUUCAGCUGUGGGCGGUUUGGGCAAUUCAUCAUGUUUGCACGAAAAAUCCGAAACGCUAUUGUGGAAUGCUGGCCAAAGAAGGUGGCACCAAGAUCCUAAAGGCUUUGUUGGACGACGAAAGCGAAGAAGGAACGCAUCCGGAUGUACGACAGCUUUGCCGAUCGAUUCUUGAAACUCUUGAACUACAUCCGUGCUAGCAGAAUGAGCCCGCUUAAACGUUAAAUUGUGAGAUAUAUAUACAUAUUCGUAUAUAUAUAAAUAUAUAUAUAUACAUUUUGCGUUCAUAUACACACGCACAUGCAUAUGUGACUGUGUAAAUGGCACCAGUUGAUUCGUACGAAGAAAGCGACAACGACCGAUCAAAAAUAAUGAGAAAGCCCAAGUACCGAAUCUCAAAACAAGAUUUGGAUUUUCGGUGCAACUAGUCAAUUGUACGUCCCGUUUCGCCCUUCCGCUUCCUCAUCCAGUAAACAAGACAACACGAAAACUAUUCAUUCGAUAGAACGAUGAUUCAACUCCUUCGCUAGCAAGCCUGUAUGACGGGCACACUAAAAAAUUGUUUAAUAUCAAAAAAAAAAUAUUGAAAACCGAUAGUAUUCGAGGUUUUUUGAAUUUCAUGAUUUUUUUUGUCCCCCAGAAAUGAUUUAAUCACUUUUUAAGCGUUCAUCAAUGAAGGAGUUGAUAGCUAUCAUGAUUAUUCGAAAUAAUGAUGCUGUCGAGAGUGAUGAAUGGAUGAAUAAAUUAGCCAAGCAGAAAAUACGAAGUGAUUUCAAAGUUUCUUCUCACUUGUACAGAUCAGCGAUUUGUAUAGAUUUUGUUUUCCCUUCAAGAAAAACGAACCUGCUGCAUGCACUCGUUUGAAAUUCACUCGUCACUGAGAACAAUCAGUUUUCAUUGUUUUAUUUUAUAGAAAUAUAGAUUUGAUAUCCCGUAGAAAAUUUUUAAUAAGUAUGUAUCAUUACUUUUUCAUCGAAUCAUGGUUCGGAAGUCGUCGGGUGUUCUUUAUUGUUUUUAGACUGUUGAUCAAUCCUUGUACCCUUCACCCACAUUCUCCCUUGGAGUUAGUAUGUUGCGCAGUAAUUCCGUUGAAUACAGAUCACAUCUGAGUACGAAUAUUCAUAACGUAGUCGAAUGCAUUGAAGGUAAAGAAACGAAAGCAGAUUAACUAUCCAUUGUAUAGCGCGCGAGGUUGACCUCUUUCGCUCGAGUUAUAUAAAUGAUACACAUGUACAUCACGAUAUUCGGGCUCAUGAUAAUUCAGUUGAAUUUCGCCAUGGAAAGUGUUCGCCACGAGGCAUACGAAUAGCAAAAUAGCAAAGAAUGGAAAAUUGUUAUAAUAAAAAGUAAUGAAAAUA